UACAACGUCCGCCACCUCCACAUCAUCCAGCACAAGUUCCUCGAGUUCCACAUCCUCAACUUCUACAUCCACGAGCAGUACCAGCACCAGCACGACUUCAAGCACCUCAACAUCCAGCACAUCAACGUCCAGCACGACCACGUCUUCCAGCAGCACUACGACGUCCAGCACAUCGAGUUCGUCAACGUCCAGUUCGUCCACGUCCUCGACGUCUACAUCCACCAGCACGACCAGCACCAGCACGACAAGCACGUCAACCUCCAGCACGACCACGUCUUCCAGCAGUACCAGAACGUCCAGCACAAGCAGGACGAGUUCGACGACGAGUAUCACAUCGACGACCUUCUGGAAUGCAACGAAGAGAACGCGUCCUCUUGGGACCCGGGGCUUAAGGAAGGCCUAGCCGUGAUCCUGAGCGACAUACUUGGCAUUGACGUGGCGGCAGAGGAUGUAGACCUGACAGUGUUGAACGAGACACAGACUGGCCGCCUUUCCCAGAGACGGCUCCAAGAAGUGGUGGAACUGGUUCGUGCAACGUUCGUGGCAUACAAAGCUUUCGUGCUUGAGCAGGACGCAGCUGGAUUCCUGGACAACAUUACGACCUCUCUACAGAGCACGGCUACAUUAAACCAGGUGACUGCAGACCUUGCUGAGCAGUUGGAGCUUGCAAAUGCCAGCUUUCAGGUGGAUGAAGUCUUCGUGGUCCAAAUGGACGUGGCCCAAGCUUCGGAUCCCCCCAUUGAAGUUGUCGUUCGACCGACCGUGCUGGAAGAACCAGACAAUAACAUCGCUGUGGCGUCUGUGGCGGCCAUAGUCGCCGUGCUGGCAAGCUGCUGCAUGAUUAUGGUGGUGUACAGCUAUGUUCGAAGCAAACGUCCGGGACAUGGGCAAAAGGAAGAGCUUGACGCAAGGAGCACUAUGGCAGGUGUGACUGUGGAGAGCCAGGCAGAGGAGCCUGCAAUUGACAGCAUCAUGGCUGCUUCCGGCGAGAGUGCCAACGUCACUGACAUCCUGAACAGCGUCCAAAGGCUGGAGGAAGUCUUGGAGGAGGUCGGCAUCAGCUUUGACCAGCCCAUUGACAACGUGGCUGAGGACGCGAGCAAUGACAUCGGAAGGCUCGACGAAGCACUCGGCGGACAUCUCGAGGCUUUGAAGAUGAUCGGCAUCAGCUUCGAGGGCUUGGAGCCCGGUUCUCAAGAUGGCGUGGUCGAGGAAGACAUGCAGAGAAACGAUGAGCUUUGCAGCCAUCCGCUUAGCUUCAUGAAAUGGGUUGCGGCAGAGACGGCCACAGCGCCUGCAGCAGACGACAGCGGCGAUCGUGCGCUCCAGGAGCUGCGCCGACGCGCAAAGGAGGCUGACCUCCGAGACUUGCUGCGUCGCUUCGAAGCUGGUGUCGGACACGAGGCGAGAUCUGUGAUUUCAGUGCUGGAGAUGAGUCCCACCUUCUAG